AUGGCCGACUUCAUACUCAAGCCACCUAGUCCAUGUCAUUUACCGUCCAUUCAAGAAAAGGAGAGCGAAACAGUGGAAGCCAUCGUAGAGAAGCUGGAGGCUCCUCCACUAGAGUACAGAGCACAGGACCACGACCUCUCAAUUGGUCAAGCUCGCAAGCGUGCCAUCGCGAUACUGAUAGUCUUGACCAACCUUGUGCCGAUGAUUUCGUUUGGUCUUGGUAUUGGAGGCGGACUGAUCAUCGGACAAUCUCUGGGUGUUGAUGGACCAAGUCAAGCGGCGUGGAUCCCAGCAUCGUACUCAUUGACUUCGGGUGCCUUCGUGCUCAUGACAGGCCGGCUUGGCUCCAUCUACGGCCACAGGAACAUCCUGCUCGGCGGAGCAGGGUGGUGGAUCGUCUGGUCCUUCAUCAACGCAUUCUGCAACAACUUCAUCGCCUUUAAUACUGCGAGGGCCUUGAGUGGUAUCGGUGCUGCAAUGAUUGUGCCCAAUGCUAUCGCGGUCAUUGGAACCACACUUCCGCCGGGUAAGAUGCGCAACCUAAGUCUAGGGUUUUUCGGCGCCGGGGCUCCUGUGGGAGGAUGGUUGGGGGCUCUGUUCGCUGGUCUCUUAGCUGAGCUGACACCGUGGAAAUGGUUGUUUAUCUUUAUGGCCAUACUAGGACUGAUUGUCUUUGGAAGCCUUGCGCUCCUGCUUCCCUCAGAGGACCCUCCCAGCAAGUCAGAGCAAAUGGACUGGGUCGGGUCCGUCCUCGGCAUCAGUGGCCUGAUCAGCUUCAACUUUGUCUGGAACCAAGCUCCCACCGUCGGAUGGGACGCCCCAUAUGAAAUCGCCCUCCUGGUCACCGCCGUCAUCUUCUUCGUGGCAUUCGGUGUCUGGGAACACAGAUUCGCGCAACACCCCAUCCUGCCCUUGUCGAUCUUUCGGGCUCCUUCGUUCUUCCCACUCGUCAUCGUCGUCCUCUUCAGCUUCAUGUCCUACGGCACCUUCAUCUGGUACCUCGUCGCCUGGCAGCAAGAGGUUCGCCACUGGUCCGCCCUCUCUACUUCCAUCGGCCUCACCCCUAUUGCGAUCUGCGCGGCUUUCGCUGCCUUCAUCGCGGCGUGGCUCAUCCCGCGACUGGCAGCCCAGUGGAUUUUGGCGAUCGGCGCUCUGGCGGUUCUUGUCGCCCAGAUCAUCUUAGCCACGAUGCCGGCGCAACAAUCCUAUUGGCCAUCAGUGUUCCCGGCCACGGUCAUCCAGUCCUUCUGCCCAGACUUCAUCUUCACUGCCGCCGCCAUAAUCGCAAGCAACAGCGUGAAAAAAAGCGAACAGGGCAUUGCUGGAAGCUUGAUUGGUACGUUGCAGCUUUAUGCAACGAGUAUCGGACUCGGGUUCGCUGGAUUUGUGGAAGUGCAUACCAAUGAUCACGGCCUGAGUAUAGUCAGAGGUUAUCGAUCGGCUUUGUAUUUCGGUAUGGGCAUGGCGGCGGUGGCGCUGGCAAUCUGUGCAUUUGGUGUGAGGAUGCCAAAGGAUACGAGGGAGGGGUGGCAGGGGGAAGACACGACCCAAAAUCUGCGACAGAAGACGGAAGAAACCAACUGUGUGGUUUGA